UUUCCAUCCAUAUACCUAUCUUUUUAGAAGUCACUUUUCUUUAUAUAUAUUUUUCUUAUAUUUUCUGUUUCCUCUACAAUGGAAGAUGUAGGAAGCAUUCUCCACUUUCUUGAGGACAAGACCAUUUUGGUUCUUGGUGCCACUGGUUUUCUUGCAAAAAUAUUUUUGGAGAAGGUAUUGAGAGUUCAACCAAAUGUUAAAAAGCUUUUUCUUCUUUUAAGAGCAUCUGAUCACAAAUCUGCAGCUAGUCGCUUGCAAAAUGAGAUAUUAGCAAAGGACUUGUUUAAUUUGUUAAAGGAAAAAAUGGGUACAAAUUUCAAGUCCUUUAUUUCGGAAAAGUUGACUCUGGUGCCGGGUGAUAUCUCUUGUGAAGACUUGGGUUUGAAGGAUUUUAAUGUAAGGGAAGAUAUUUUUUCUCAAACAGAUGUUAUUAUUAAUUUGGCUGCCACUACUAACUUCGAUGAAAGGUAUGAUAUUGCAUUGGGUCUAAAUACAUUUGGAGUAAAGCAUGUCAUGAGCUUUGCAAAACAAUGUAUCAAACUUAAAGUGCUUGUUCAUGUAUCAACUGCUUAUGUAUGUGGUGAAAAAAGUGGACUCAUACUAGAAAGCCCUUAUCACUUUGGUGAUUCAUUAAAUGGUGUGGCUGGAUUAGAUAUCAAUGUAGAAAAGAAAUUAGUAACUGAAAAAUUGGGUGAGCUACGAGACAAAGGAGCCACAGAGCAAGAAAUUAAAGUGGCUAUGAAGGACCUAGGUAUUACAAGGGCAAAUGUGUAUGGAUGGCCAAAUACAUAUGUGUUUACAAAGGCAGUUGGGGAGAUGCUCGUGGAACAAUUGAAAGAAAAUUUAUCUGUUGUUAUUUUGCGUCCUGCCAUUGUCACAAGUACAUUAAAAGAACCCUUUUCUGGGUGGGUUGAAGGUAUUAGAACCAUUGACAGUUUAGGUGUAGCUUAUGGAAAAGGAAAACUAACAUGUUUCCUCGGAGAUAUCAAUGGCGUUGUUGAUGUGAUACCGGCUGACAUGGUGGUCAAUGCAAUGCUAGUGGCUAUGGUGGCUCAUGCAAAUCAACUUAGUGAUGUUGUAUAUCAUGUGGGUUCUUCUGUCAGAAAUCCAUUGAGAUACCUACCUCUGCAUGACUAUGCAUUAAAAUAUUUCAAGGCAAAACCAUGGAUAAACAAAGAUGGAACCGUUGUUAAAGUUGGCAAAAUAGCAAUAUUAACUGACAUGGAUAGCUUCCAACGAUACAUUUUCAUCCGCUACCUUCUUCCGUUAAAGGGACUGAAGCUUGUCAAUUCAGCAUUGUGCCAAUAUUUUGAAGGAACAUAUCUUGAGCUCAACAGGAAGAUAAAGGUUGUGAUGCGCUUGGUGGAACUUUAUAGACCUUACUUAUUCUUCAAGGGCAUAUUUGAUGAUAUAAACCUAGAGAAGUUGCGAAUGGCAGCCAGACAAAGUGGAACAGAGACAGAUUUAUUUUACUUCGACCCAAAAGAGAUUGAUUGGGAAGAUUACUUUAUCAACACUCAUAUUCCUGGUCUUGUCAAGUAUAUUUUCAAGUGAUGCAAACAUUUGAUCAAAUUCAAAUGUUAUAGAACGACUACGUUACAUUAUUGUAUUAUUGUGGGAUUAUAUAUUGGUCUAUAGUUUGUGAUUUAUAAAUGAGACAAACUUUUUAUCGCACAUAAAUUUGUUUUGACUAUUCAAUUAAUAAGUCUCACCAUAAAUAAAAUGAGAUGUGAUAUAUUGAUUCACCGGUGACACUUAUUAAUGUAAUCCUGAAAACAAACUUGUGAAUGGUAAGAACUUGUCUCACUUGUGCAUAUGAGACAAAAUCUAUAUAGUUAAGACAUAAUUGGUGUUUAAUCUCUGCAUUAAUUGCAAGGGAGUAAACACCUAUUAACCAUAUAGUUAAUUAUUUAUUGCACAAGGGGCAUGUAAUUGAUAGCUCCCAAAUAAGUUUGAAAAAAUUAUUUAUUGCACAAGGGGCAUGUAAACACCUAUUAUUUAUUGCACGUUGCAGGUUUAAUUAUAUAUUUGAUUCCUUAUUUUUAUUUUA